GAAGGAUACAACCCAUCUGCAGCUUGGCCUUGGCUUGCCAAGGCUGUAGGCAAUCAGUUUCAGGUGCCUGCAGAAACGGGGUCUGGUUCACCUCUCUCACCUCCCGUGACGGGCGCGCAGCUCCGGCUGCUGCAGCACCAUUGCGUGUGCAGUUGAGUCUCCUCUCUCCCACACUGCAGAGCUCUCCUCUCCAGACGCUGGGAGGGAAGCAGAGAUGUUGGGGGAAGAGCUGUGGAGGUGGGGAGAGAUUGAGCUAUCAUUAGCAUGGCACCAGUGAGGUUUCUUUGCACCACUAAGCAGUAGCUAUCAAAUUUGAGUGCAGUACGCUGAACAGCUGAGCGAGGGAGCAGAGGUUGAAAGGACCCUGUGAAGAAAAGGGAUUUAAGAGGAAAAACCCCUGUUUCAGCUGCAUGUGGGUGCUGUCCAACACAGAGAGCUGUGCCAGGGAGUAGGAAUUGCCUGUUUAUGGUGAUUGAUCUGCACAGCCCCUGGGAUGCUUAGAAAAGGGAUUAAGGAGGAGAGAAUCGCAGGAGAAGUAGGAGGUGGAGGUUUAGCUUUGAAAACUCACAGGCUUAUAGAAACCAUCCUCUAAAUUGUCAGUGUGUCAGGAUACAUUAAUAUCCCAGUGAUGGCAGGAUCAGCCUGAGAUGAGCUAUCCAUAGCUGGGGCCAGGCCUUGUUCCCAGGGCUCCCUGCCCCAUUACAAUGAGGAGCCAUCUGCCAGCCUAACAGACAGAUUUUGUGGCGGAGCUGGCUUUUCUUUUCUGUCAAACCUUGAGAAAUUUCAUGUAACGGCAGAGCCACUUCUUGCCCCCUCCUUGUGCCACCUCGCAGCCAGGACUUGGUGGUGGAGGGCCACCACCAUGGCGGCGAAGCAGCCCCCGCCGCUGAUGAAGAAGCACAGCCAGACAGACCUGGUGAGCAGGCUGAAGACACGCAAGAUCCUGGGGGUCGGCGGAGAGGAUGACGACGGCGAGGUCCAUCGCUCAAAGAUUAGCCAAGUACUGGGAAAUGAAAUCAAAUUUGCUGUUCGGGAACCACUGGGGCUCAGGGUCUGGCAGCUGGUUUCCGCCGUCAUGUUUUCUGGGGUUGCCGUCAUGGCCCUCGCUUUCCCGGACCAGCUCUUUAAUGCCAUCUUCGAGGAGGAAUCGGUGAGCAGCAAGACUCCCAUCCGGCUCUAUGGAGGAGCCCUCCUCAGCAUCGCGCUCAUCCUGUGGAACGCCCUGUACACCGCCGAGAAGGCCAUCAUCCGCUGGAGCCUGCUGGCCGAGGCCUGCUACUUCGCCGUGCAGUUCCUGGUUACCACGAUCUCCCUGGCUGAGAGUAACCGGAUAGCCACGGGUGUCGUGCUUCUACUGGUCAGCAGAGCCCUCUUCAUCAUCAUCAGCAUUUAUUAUUAUUACCAAGUUGGACGUCGUCCCAAGAAAGUCUAAUUCCUGGGCUUUUUUGUUAUGGGAAGGGUGGGAGGGGGGAGUUUGUGUCGGUAAUUUUGCAUUAUAAUUAUAACUUUUUUUUUUUUU